AACGACAGUAUAUAUUUGCAAUAUUAAUAGCAUGUUUUCUCGUGCGUGUCAAUUUUCUAGAGAAAAUGUGUAUUCAACAAGUAUACAAAAAAGUCAUGUAUGUACAAAGCUAAUUCGACAAAAGUGAAUGGGAUUAUGAAUUAUUACAGUUUCUUAUUAUAUUCUCAUAAUACUAGUAAUUGAAAACGGUGAAAAUGGUAUCAACGUUAGUAAAAUCAUCUUAAAAUGGAUACAACGACGACCACAACUUCAACAUCAACAAUAUCAGUAACGUCCACUGAAAAGAAUAUAACCGAUGAUGCAGCUGCCACCAACAACACAUUGCCAUCAUCAACAUUGAUAACAACAGUUCUGACGAAUGUUACUGAAACAACCUCGUCAUACCUUUCGAAUGUUACCGAUUUUACUGAAACAACAACACCAAACAAUUUAAAUGCUACCGAUUUUACUGAAAGCAUACCGAAUUCAACUGUAUCAAACUCGUCCAUUGUGUCUUCUGAAGGAUUAUCAGUUAACGAAUUAACUAAUACAACUGGAAAUCUUUCUUUAGGUAUAGUGCAAUUUAAAGCAGGCGCUAAUGACACGGAAAUUCGGGAUAUUACAUCAAAAUUACAGACAUCAACGCCAUUUACUUACACGGAACGUUCUGAUGACGUGACGAUUGUGAUAGGAAUUAUCGUCCCUUUAGUGCUUGUGGCUAUUAUGUUUGGGAUAUGUGUUUGUUAUCAAAAAUACUGGAAACCGAGAAGUUUUAAAAAGAGGAGGAAAGAAAGAGGGAAAGUCAGUUUUAAUGAUAAUCCGGUGGUAACAGGAGAUGUGAUAAAAUCUCCGAGAUACUCGGAUUCAGAGGAAUGUAAUAAGAACGUGUUUGCUGAAUUACCUGACAAACAAGAUGGUUUCGUGACGAUAGAUCUGUCUGAUAACCAUAAAGAAGAAAAUGGUGGUAUAAAUAUUAUGGUACCAUCUACUAAAGCAGAUAAUAAUAUAAGUAAUCAAAACUUAGAAAGUAUCUGCGAAAAAGACGAGUUAUAUAUGAGUGAUGAUGAACAUCAUGGUCGCAAUAGAGCUGAAAGUGUAGAAGUUAAAGAAAGUGUAGUAAAACAUUAUAAUGAUAUUGAUAAAGUUACAGAUAAUGGAUCUGUGGUAUGUUCCGAAAGUAACCUAGUUUCAGAUAGUUCGUCAAUAAAUUCAAAAAGUGAUAAAAAUGACCAACACGUCAAUGAUGAUGACAUUGAAAAAGAAUCAUCGAUAGAGCAGUUGAAUAGUAUAGGAGAAACUGAAGAACAAUCUCUGAAGAGUGAACAAAAUUGUGUUGACAUUGAAAAAGACGCGUCGAUAGAGGAGUCUAUUAGUAUAGGAGAAACUGGAGAACAACCUCCGAAAAAUGAACAAAAUGAUAAUGACUCGGAUACAAGUUUAAGUGAAGAAAACACAAAAUUUUAAGUCAGACAUAUUAAAUACAUGUGAUUUAUGAGAGAUCGCGUCAGCAGUGUUAAUUCGUGUCACACAUCACUGCAUGGUUGUUUAUCAUUGGCAUAAUAUAGGUGUUCUGUAUCAGACUAAAGAAUCCGGUUGAGCAAUUUAUUUACUAUGCAUCAUACUUAUUAUAAAUUAGUCAUAAGUAUAUGUUUAUAUAUAGAUGUAAAACAAUUAUUUUAUACAAUAGUUCCGAAAGUGAUUAUGUUCAAACAAAUCCGGUUUGCAAUGUGUUAACUCAUUCAACUUAUGUAUUAGUUUUAAGUAUAUAUACAUUAAAAUUAUUUGAUACAAUAA